AUGCAGCAACCCAUUGCUCUCGCUGCUGCCUUCUUCGCAGUCGGCGGUAUGGCUCAGUGGUCUUAUACAGACUGUUCGCAGCUUCUGGGUGGCUCUGGCUAUGUCUGCAGCCCCGACUACUCCACAGUCUCCUACUGCCAACCCGGCCUAGAACCCGAGGUCGUCGACUCCCAAUACUGCGACUACGGCGACUGUUGGGCAGAUCAAUUCAAUGGCUUCUGCACAUAUGAAAUCUCGAAGAAGAAUCAGGCUCGUGGUCCGACGGAUUGUACGCAGGUGAAUCCGGAGGGAGGUUAUGUUUGUAGUGAGGAUUAUACGACUUUGUACCAAUGCUCUGGUAGCGUAAAGGCGGUUGCGGAUAUUUGUGAUGACCCUACUUGCUUUGCUUCGACUACUGGUGAUCAGGGAAUGUGUAUUCGUUAA